CUGAUAGGUGACAGAGCAAACUCAGAUGGAGGUCUGCUAACCUCUGAUGUGGCUCAGUCUCUUCACACUGCCUACAGUUACUUAAGUUUUACCAGUUCACUAACUUGUUCAGUACUUGUAUGACUGGGUAUAUUUUGACUCCAUAACAACGUUUGUAUGGGAUCCUUACCUGCUGCCUCUGUGCUCCUCUGCCAUUAUACCUGAAUGGCCAUCGUAGAACACAGUUGUGGUUGCCUGCCUGGCCCCCUCCAUCACAUAGGACCACACAUGCCCCGCCCCCACCUUCCCGGCCCGCCUCUUUGCCUCCUCUGAGCCACUGCCCUUCCCACUGAGAUGAUGUCACAGACGGAUCACUUCCCUGGGCCCCAGCCUCUGCAUAGUGCUGCCCCCUCUGCUUACACUGCAAGCCUGUGCCUUGCCAGUCCUGCCCAUCCCAGGCUGGGGAGUUCUAGCCAUCUUGUAGAUGAAUCACAUCCAUCAAAUGUUUAUCACUGGUGAUACAGCGAUCCCAGCAAAAGUGGAUGUGGGACUGAGCGAAGCAGUGACAAUAAGGAGUGGUGAAGCCAGAACAAUAUCUCACUUUCAUUAUACUACCUGGCCAGAUUUUGGAGUCCCUGAAUCACCAGCUUCAUUUCUCAAUUUCUUGUUUAAAGUGAGAGAAUCUGGCUCCUUGGAAGCUGACCAUGGGCCUGCGGUCGUGCACUGCAGCGCAGGCAUUGGGCGCUCUGGCACCUUCUCUCUGGUGGACACCUGUCUUGUUCUGAUGGAAAAAGGAGAUGAUAUUAACAUUAAACAAGUAUUACUGAAUAUGCGAAAAUACCGAAUGGGACUUAUUCAGACUCCAGAUCAACUCAGAUUCUCUUACAUGGCCAUAAUAGAAGGAGCAAAAUGUAUAAAGGGUGAUUCAAAUAUACAGAAACGGUGGAAAGAGCUUUCUAAGGAAGAUUUAUCUCCUGCUUUGGAUCAUUCGCCGAACAGAGGCAUGACUGAGAAGUACAACGGGAACAGAAUAGGUCCUGAGGAAGAGAAGCUGCUCCCUGAGCGGUGUACAGCACUGUCCUCCAGGACUCAGGACACCAUGGAGGAGGGCAGCGAGAGUGUUGUGCGGAAACGCAUUCGAGAGGACAGGAAGGCCGCCACGGCGCAGAAGGUGCAGCAGAUGAAACAGAGGCUAAAUGAGACUGAACGAAAAAGAAAAAGGUGGUUAUAUUGGCAACCUAUUCUCACUAAGAUCGGGGUUAUGUCGGUCGUUUUGGUUGGCGCUGUGGUUAGCUGGACACUGUUCUUUCAGCAGCAUGUCCUGUAAGUAAGCCACGCUGCCCGCUGCCCGCACGCUUCCGCCCUGGCAGCCGGCUGUACUGCUGAUCACAGGGGUUCUGUUAGCAGGCGCUGACCCCCCAAACCCAAGUGGUGCGGUCUGCAACCUCACCAGACAGCCCAACACCUCAGGACUCGCCACCGCAGGUUCCUCUGAAAGCCAAACUGUAAAUCGCUGUCUCAAAUAAAGACAUUCGUGUUUGUUAAAAACUGGUACACCUCGCAGCUGUGUUCACACAUGUCCAGCGUGAUACUUCACCUGACCGAGACUGAAAAAUCCUUUAUCGCAAGGGUUUGUUUUUGAAGGCUGUCUGGAUCUUAACCUGCAUUUGAUAUAAGCAAUAAAUAUUGUGGUUUUAACUAUGUUAUUAAUGGAAAGAAAAUGACCUUUAAAUAAUGUGUGUAAUGUAUAAUGUACUGUUGACAUGGGCAUCAAUAUUUUAUAUACACAACCAUUUCAGGGUGAAUAUAUUUUAUAAGUACCUAUUUAAUCUUACUUUUGUAGUUAAAUGUACUUUUUGAAAGCUCCAUUUGAAAAUCUGUUACCAUAAGAAAAUAAAUUGUAUGUUGACUCCCUUAAAAUGGAUACAUUUUCCCUUUUCCUAGAGAAGUUUGGUACAAGCAGUUAUACCUCUGAAUAAGCAGUUUCUACUACAUAUUUGGGUUUCCUGUAUGUUUCACAGUUUUCCCUAUUUUUAAAAGAAACAAAAUUUUCCUAAAAAUAUCUUCGAAGGGAAAUUGUCUCUGCUGGGCUAGUUAGGUAAUAACAGUCUGUGAAGACUUUGUAAAGAAAUUGGUUUCUGUAAAGCACAUGACUAAUGCUGUUCACUUUUGGAGAGUUUUAAUGUAAUUACCCUAAUUUAUAACCAGGGUAAAUCAUGACUUAGGGGGAAAAAAAGCAGCAUUUUAUGAUCUGUGAUGUCAAUUCACCAGACUGAAGCUUUGAAGUGAAAAGUUUCCAGUUCUUUCUACUUCAAUAAAUAGUUUGAUGAUGUGCGAACUUUACAUUGUCCCUUUAACUUCUUGAUGAGUAUUAAGCAUAUUGUCUUGUGAAUUUAUUUAUUAGCAGAGUGCUUUAUUUACGCUGUCCGUACGAAGGGGAAUAAUGUGCAUCCCUGUCAUAUGCGUGUAGGAAUACGGAUGUACAGUGUACAAGACAGUUUCCUGUAGUUAUUUCACACCCUUGUGGUCAUAUGCUUAAGGAAAGAAACAGUUUUAGUUUGACCAACAGUAAUAGGAAUACAGUUUCUUGGGUUCAUAGUUGCAUCUGCUUAAAACGCUUAACCAGAUGACCACAUCUUUCGCAGAUCUAAUGAGAGAACUAGCAAGGUCAAGAAGUGUCACAAACUACAAAGCUACAAGGGAGGUAAUUCACUUACCAAUUUAGAGGUUUUCCUUUUGCCUCAUGAAUUUAACUGCUCAUUUGACUGCUACCUUUCUUUAGAUUUCAGCACUCCUUACAGUGGUACUUAAAUAGUUGACAUAAACUUGAUUGCCAGGAGUUAUUUCAGCACUUUCCAGGAGGGUGGCAGGAGGAUCCUAGCCAGCCUUGAUUUUACCGUGGCGUCUCUGCUGUCUCUUACCAUGCAGGAUUCUGAUAAGGCUUAGCUAUGGAAAGGGAGAGUGCUCCCGUUCAGAGGCAGUUUGGAAAAAACCAUUGGUGUGGACACUGGAGUGAUUGAGCAGCCGCUUGGGUUAGCGACUGCGGGGAGGUGUGAGCGCGGUGCAGGUGGCAGCCCGUGUGUGCCCCCGUUAGCCUGUAUGCAGGGCAUUGCUGGUGUGAAAUCCUUCUUUCCAGUUUACCUUGGUUUAUCUUUGUGUGUGACUGCAACUCAAACAGGCAGAUCUUACUAAAUUUCCAACUGAAGAGCCAUGCUUUGAACAAAAAGGUAGAGGCUUCUCCCAGGAAGCCGAUGCCAGUAAGGUGUGCCCAGCUCCCUCUGGGAUGCCGCAUUUGGGCUUCGCAUUUCUGCUGUGCUCUCUGGCCCUCAGGGCGGUGUGUGGUUGCAUACCCUGCCGUUGCUUCCGAGGAUGAUGUUACAGGAGCUUUCAGUGUGUCAGGUUUUGCUGCUGCGGGUCUUUUUCGUGGGCACCAGGUAUGAGUUAGGAAAAACACAUGGCAGAGGGUUGCAGUGCCCACGGCCAUCCUCCCCUGGCCCUGCGUCAAGUGAGCACUGCGAGACCCAGCGAGGGGCACAGCAGUGGGUUUAUCAUCCCUGGGAGCGUCUCUGACCUGUUCCCUCAGCGGAACAGGGCCACAUUGGCUCACAGCGCCCGUCUAGAUCAGCUGUUUUGGCUUCGCCUGCUACUGAUUUCUCCUGGUGCUUCCACGUAAAUAA